ACUUCACUCAGAGAUGGAGGAAGAUGUUGGAAGACAGACAGGACAGGAGAGGAAGAAGAGCGGUUAGAUUUAAAGGUCUGCGAUGGGCCGGUGAUCUAUUGAGCCUUAAGGAAGGACAUUCGCUAGCAACCUAAAAGUCCUUGUGUAAUAAAUGCUACAUUACAAUGACAGCUUGGUGAGAUUAAAGUGAAGUGGGGGUAACUGAAAGUUAGGAAGUGCAGACAAGAGGAUCUUCUGUAAAAUUAUAAAAACCUGUAUUUGAAAGCAGUUGUUUCAUUUAUAACAAUGACAGUGGUUCCCUGACCAGAUUAGACUUAGGGAUAUCAGAAUAUCAGAUUCUAAUGAAUGUUUCUGAAGUACAAAACAUAACAAAUACUACAAUCUGAAUUCUUUUUUCACGAAUAAUCUCCUAAUUGAAAGACUAGUGGUUUGAUCUUUGUUCCUUACACAUGAACCACAGGUCAAAGCCCGCCACUGUCAACUGACUUACAUAGUUAGGCUAUAUUUAAUAACUUUUCUAUUUACAAUCAGCACAAUUUUAUAUUAACUCACAAGGUAAAUAAGUGCUUAACUUUGGAUGAAGUCUUUGCCAUGAAUUUAUGGUUAGAGAUUUGACGAGGUUUCCCUAAAUAGUGGCCACAGACCUCUUACUUCCCUUUAAGACAGGUAAUCCUUAAUGAACAGAAAUUUCAUAUUAAAACGUAACAUUUAAAAUAUCCGACCUAUUAUUUAAUAUUAAUAAAAGCUAUGGAGAGCAGGUUCAUUCAUUCUUCUUUUGCUUGCAAAAAAAGCUUUUAACUACAAACUUGGUAUUUAAAAUAAAAGUAAAUACAAUACAAUACAAUAAAACUUUAUUUAUAGAGCACAUUUAAAAACCAAUGGUAUACCAAAGUGCUUCACAUAAAAGACAGAAAAUAAGACAUAAAUAUUAUAAAUACACACGGUCACCUCUAGACUUCAGCCGAGAUCUUGGCUGCACCAGGAGUAACUGAGUAGAUGAUCUUAGUGCUCUAGCGGGAAAGUACGAUCUAAGGAGUUCGAUAAGGUAGCUCGGGGCUGUGUUGUUGAUAAUUUUAAGCAGCAGUAUUUUAAAUUGGAUGCGGUGUUUAAUAUGUAGCCAGUGCAGGUCAGCUAGAACACGGGUAAUAGAGGCAAACCUCCCAGUUCAGGUCAGAAGGCGUGCUGCCGCAUUUUGAACAGUUUGCUGUCUAUGAAGAAGGGCAGAAUGAAGACCGAAAUAAAGGGAGUUGCAGUAGUCCAGCCUAGAGGUCACAAAGGCGUGAACAAGCUUUUCCAGGUCCUUAUGCGGAACAUAAUGCCUAGCCUUAGAAAUGAGAUGCAGUUGGUAGAAACUAGAUCUAACUACAGCGGACACUUGUUUAUCAAAUUUAAAAGAGCUAUCCAGCAACACGCCCAAAUUGUUAACAGUGUCUGAGAGGGAGCUGGCAAGGGAACCAAAGGCAUCACGAAGUUGUCCGCGAGAAAUAUUACUAUCAAAUACCACGAUUUCAGUUUUCUUAUCAUUUAAGAUAAGAGAGUUUCCUAAGAGCCAUUCUUUGACCUCACACAUGCACUCUUGAAAGCAGUGCAGAGACAGAGGAGGAUCAUCAGCUAAUUCAAAGUAGAUCUGUAUAUCGUCAGCAUAACAGUGAAAAGCGAUAUUGUAUUUCUUAAAGAUUGCGCCUAGAGGGAGCAUAUACAGUAAGAAAAGAAGAAGGCCCAGCACAGAUCCUUGAGGCACGCCACAGCAGACAGGUGCAGCGGAGGAAGAGCAGGUGCCCAGGUUGACCGAGAAGGAGCUAUCGGAGAGGUAUGAUUUAAACCAAUCAAGGGCGACACCUCUAAUGCCUACAGUAUGCUCAAGCCUCGCUAAUAAGAUGUUGUGAUCCACCAUGUCAAAAGCCAAGGAUAAAUCCAACAGAACUAGGACCGCAGAGCGUCCAGUAUCAGCAAUUAGAAGAAGAUCAUUAAGGACUCUAAGCAACGCUGUUUCAGUGCUAUGACUUGGUUUAAAGGCAGACUGGAAUUUAUCAGUAAUGUCAUUCACAUCCAAAUGCGCCUUGAGUUGUGAAAGAACUAUCCUCUCGAGAAUUUUAGGCAAGAACGGGAGCUUAGAGAUCAUCCUGUAAUUCACAUAAUCAUUAUAAUCAAGGUUCCUUUUUUUAAGAACAGGCUGGAUACGGCAUGUUUAAAAGCUGACGGGACGCAGCCAGAGAGUAAAGAAGAAUUCAUUAAAGAUAAAAUACUGGGUCCAAUUAUGUCGAAGCAUUCUUUCACUAUGCGAGAUGGGAGGAUAUCAUAUAUGGGAUUAGUAUUAUUCAGUUGCUCAACUAAUCGCUUAAGAGUAAGGAGUGACACGGGCUCAAACUGAUAGAAGGUUGAUGAACAACCAGGAGUAGAAACAGGGCUCGACACUAAAGGAAGCGAGGACUUAAGAGAAGAAACUUUAUCUAAGAAGUGAUUUAAAAAUUGUUCACAAAGAGCCGGAGAGCACACCAGCGGCAUAUCAGGACGGGGAUUGAUCUCUGAAUUAAAAAUUUUAAAUAGCGUUCGGGGGUUGUGACCAUAAGCCAGGAUCAUUUUUGAUAAGAAAGCCGCUUUGGCCAUUUUAGCAGCAAUUUGAAAUUUUGAGCGGCUGGCAUGUAGGAUUUCAUAGGAUACCUGGAGUUUAUCUUUUUUCCACCUCCUCUCAUCACGGCGGCAGACAUGUUGUAAGGUGAGCGUAGAGUCGUUUAACCAGCAUUGGGAAUUGGUAUUAGGGUCCUUAAUUUUAAUAAGUGAAGGUAAAUAAAUGCUCCAAUUUGAAUAUGUUAUUAACAUUUUAUAAGAAAAAAAUAUAAUGGUAGGUUUGCAUUUUCUUUUUACUUUUCCUACUUGGUUAAAUCUUGAAGAAUCAUUGAACAAGUUCAGACAUGUAACUUUACUUAGAGAUGACGGAAUUACCAAAUUUGGAUGGAGGAUGCUCGGAAAUCGGUGGUUUAUGGUGGAACCCUUAGGAAAUGCUUCCUUCCCUUUUCCUUGUACUUGCAAUAGCUGUCAGCAUCAGAAAAAAAAGAGGGAUAAAAAGGAAGAUAGACAUUGUGUCAAGUGGCGUUCAUGAUAUGACGCGUAAUUGCUUAGAUCAGCAGAUUUAACUAAAAGCUUAUUAACACCUGAUUAUUAGACAAAGAUUAAAAACUGAAAACUUUAAUUUCAGGUUAAAGAUAACCGUUAUCUUAAUGCAAAUGCCCACCAACUCAAUUUUUCCAUGCGCCGUUCUUUCUUACCUUGUUAACAGUAAUACUGUGGAGUGUUGCUCAGCCGACACAGAUGAGUAAAACACUUAAGUCAGUUUAUAUACUUUACUUCAUGUUUUUAACUGCAAUUUAACACAUUACAAAGACUGUAAUACUGUGAAAUCAAGCAUAAUAAACAAAGGUUAUCAAGUGUCCUACAUGUGCUUUAUGUUGGACCAGAAUAAUUAUCAGUGGAUUACUGCAGAUGUGUGUUAUAUAAUUUAAUUUGCAAUGCACAUCACUUAGUUAUUUACUUAUUAAAGGUGAUGUUAAGAAAAAUAAAAUAAAAAGUCAUGAACAUGAUUUCUUAACUCCUGUGCGAAAGUGGUGAUGAAAUUUAUUUAAAAAAAGGAAAUGAGAGUCUCAGUGUCACCCGAGUCGUCCUGUCCCCCACCCUGAUGCAAAUGGAUACUGUAGAAAACCCAAAGACACAAUUCAUCCGGUCAGUAUGGCCCGCUUCCUCUUUUUUCAAUGGGAUAAAAGCCAGAGGUCUGCUGCAGGGAGUCAGACUUCUUCAUCUGCAAGAUCUACAGGUCAGCUCCUGCAAAGAACCUCAGAAAGAUCUUACACGAUAACCAUGCAGCUGUGCAUCAGAAGACUCGCAUGCCAGGCCUUUCUCGUCGGGGUUCUGAUAGUGGCCGCAGCCGCUGCAGAGACCAAGACAAGUGAUUGCUGCAAAGUGGUUAGUCUCAGUCCCAUCACAGCUCCCAUCAUUGGCUACAGGGUGCAGAAGAAGAACCCACCCUGUGUCAACGCUGUCGUAUUUGAGACAACAGAAGGGGAAGUCUGCAGCCACUGGAAACAGGACUGGGUAUAUGAAAAGAUCAAGGAGCUAGAGCAAGCACGCAGAGCAAGGAAGACUGCUCUUAAAACUACUGCCUCUACCACCACUACUACUACCACUACUACAACUUCCAGCCCAUAGAGAGCAUCCUUCUUCAUUCUAAACAACUACAAACAUUUGUUUUAAUCUUAAAUAAUUUAAUGCUUUCUAAUGUUAUCUGUAUUUGAUAUUUAUAAUUGGCGGUAUUUAUUUUUUCUGUUGUCUCUUUUUCUCUAUGAUUUUCUGCCUGUGAUAGUUGUUUGCUCUGUGCAGAGACACAUGGCAGAGACACAUCUUUAUGAUGAGAAAUGAUGAGAUAUGGUGUUAUAAAUAAAAGGACUGAUCCUGUCA